AUGUCAGCCCGGAAGAUUUUCAACCCCUGCAGCGGUUCGUUUGCGUACGGCGUUUGUGCCAGGAGUUCGGGUCUUUCCAGUGCAGCUACAUCCCUCCUCGCUCAAGCCAGAUUCAGCUGA